AAUCCCAACAAGGCUCCAUGUUGUCAGCUCAGAACCCCACAUGGGGCUCAAUCUCAAACUGUGAGAUCAUGACCUGAGUCAAAUCGAAUUGGAUGAUUAACCAACUGAGCCACUGAAGCACCCCAUGAUUAAUUAUACUUUUAGCCUCAAGAUUCAGAAACUACUGAGACAAGUUAAGACUGUAAAUCCUUAUUAAAGUUACCGCUAGUUCGUAGGACUGCUGAGUUUCCCGUUACAUCGCAUGGACUUACAUACGAUAACCAUGUUUAUGGUGCAAAUGAACUAAGUAAACAUGAAGUUCUUCCUUCUUACCUGCCUUUUGGCUACUGCUCUUGCAAAGCAUAUGGAACAUCACUCCUCCAGUGAGGAAUCUAUCAGCAUCUCCCAAGAAGAAAUCACAAGAAACAUAAAUGAAUUGGGAAUUUCUGAGUCUGCUGAAGUUCUCACAGAGAAAGCUAAGCCCACUGUGGAAAAAAAGAUCUACCUACAGCAACUGGACAAAAUCAACCAAAUUUAUCAGAAUUUGAACUUUCUCCAAUAUCUCCAAGCUCUUCAUCAACCUCAGAUUGUUAUGAACCCAUGGGAUCAGAUUGAGAGAAGGGCCUAUUCCUUUAUUCCCACUGUGAACAGAGAACAGCUCUCCACCAGUGAGGAAACCUCAGGGAAGACUGUUGAUAUGGAGUCAACUGAAGUAGUCACCAAAAAAAUUGAGCUGACUGAAGAAGAAAAGAAGUACCUAACACUUUGGAACAAAAUCAACCAAUAUUAUCAGAAGUUCACCCUGCCCCAAUAUCUCAAGACUGUUCAGCAAUAUCAGGCAGCAUUGAAACCAUGGAAUCACAAUACGAUAAAUGCUUACCAAAUUACCCCUACUCUGAGACACUUUUAAGAAUCUUGAAUUAACAGCUUCUACUUCUUUUGGUUUGGCUGGAAAAUCUAUCUUCUACAUUUUCUCAUCUACCAUAUUACUUCAUUACUACCAGCAUGCUUGGACAGACCUAUUAAUAGGGCAGAAAUGUUGAGCCAAAGGAAGACUGUGCAGAAUAUUUCCCGAAUAGUUUAUACUUUUCCUGUUAGUUCAUGUUGAGUGUAUUGGGUCUGUAUUGUGGUUUCAUACAAACUGGGCUGAUGAUUAUUUAAGAUAUUUUCAUCAUUCUUUCUGAGUUAUAGAACCACUUUUUUCCCCCAAAAUAAAAUUUCA